GAGCUUGGAAAGAAUCGAAUCACGUUUUAUAGCGUUGUUCCAGCCAUGGAACAAAGCAAACAAGAACCCAAUUCCGAUUUUCGCCACCAAAAAGUUACACAGAACAAACUGUAGGAUUUUGAGUUGUAGCACAUAAAGCUGUUGAUUGCAGAAAGCCCCAAACGCAAACGCCCGUUUCUAUUAUUUGAUACAAACAGAAAACUCUUUAAAGUCUCUCUCCUAUUCUUGGAAGUUCUGAAAAUGGGGUUUUCUAUUGCUAGUUCUAAUUCAUUUGGCCAUUGUUAUCUCAUUCAAGAUCAUAGUCAAAGGACAGGAAAAAAGUUUGCGUCUUUUCAUGGAAAUUUCAAAUUAUCGACACUCUUCACCAGGGCUCAAUCGAGAAAAUCAUUUUGCUGCAAAUUAAAGGGCAUUGAUUUUCAAGAGAGAACAAGCCCAGCUGAGGUGAAGGAGGAAAUUGAGCAAUGCUAUAAACUCAUACAAAGGCUUGGUAGAGGUGUUGUGUAUUUGGGUUCUUCAAGGUUCGGACCUAACCAUCCACAUUAUGCACAGGCAUUCGAGUUGGGGAAGGAGAUUUCAAGACUCUUGGAUUGUACUUCAUGGUCGGGGGCUGGACCCGGGCUCAUGGACGCUGCAACUAAAGGUGCUCUGCAAGCAGGGAAGCCUGUUGGCGGAUUUAAAAUCGCUAAAGAAGCUGGAGAAUGGACGGCUAGAAAAUUUCAUCCCUACUUACCAUUAGACUGCUAUCUUACAUGCAGAUUCUUUUCUGCAAGGAAGCACGGGUUAGUGGAUGCUGCUGUUAGAGCUAGUGACUCUGAUCGGACGGCUGUUGUUGCCCUUCCUGGUGGGAUUGGCACUUUAGAUGAAGCGUUUGAAAUUCUCGCAUUGAUUCAGCUUGAAAGAAUCGGAUCUAAGCUUCAUGUUCCCUUUCUUUUGAUGAACUACAACUCUUUUUAUUCAAAGUUGCUCGAUUUUCUUGAUGAUUGUGAGGUCUCGGGUACUCUUUCCAAGGGUGAGUUAUCGUCAUUGUGGAAAGUUUGUGACAAUAACUUGGAAGCUUUGGCCUAUCUUGAAGAAUAUUACAGCGUAUCUAGGUUAAGAAAUGACUACAAAACUGUCACUAAUUAGACGUUGCAGUUGUAGUUUGACACUGACUUCUUUUCCCUUGAUUAUUUUCUCGUGGCAUUUGUACCCUUCAAUUGUUUGUUCGAGAUGCUAUAUGGGAUGUAAUGUAUUGGCAAUGAACAAAACCUUAAUGAA